GCUUUGUUAAUCAUCGUCAGUGACUCCUACGGAGUCCUACCUUAAGAUAGAACCCCGCAUGCCGCCAUCUCGAAUAAGCACCGGAUAACCCCCUGGUUUGCCGACCGUGCUGAUAAAGAUUGGGAGCGCAACGAUAGUUAACUAUUAGACGUUCCGUGUAACACUCUUAUCAUCGUUCUCCAAUAUUGUAUUCAAGUUAGAAGUUCCUUUAGAAAUCUGGAAAUCGGAAAUUAUCGUUAUAUGCACCGUCAAUCAUCGUAGCAAUGCGACCUGUGUCUGUAGGGAUCCUCUCCAUUGGAGAUAUGGGCCUUGGUGUAGCCCGCCUCCUAAAAGCACAUGAUUAUCGCGUUCUUACUGUAGGUUUGGGUAGAAGUGAAGAUACGCUCGCGCGGAUCCGGUCAGCCGCGAUCGAGUCUCUACCAUCCGAUCAAGAACUGGUAGUGCAGUCAGACUACAUCCUAUCGAUCGUUCCACCAAGAGAUGCCCUCGCGACUGCUCGUCGGAUAUCGGAAGCAUGCCAGUUACCGGAUACAGCUCCUCAACGUGCAAAAAUUCCCGAUCUGGAGGGACUCGAGACGCGACAGAAGCCGUACUACUUCGAUCUCAACGCAAUCUCUCCACGUCUAACAAGAGAAGUCGGUUCACUGCUAUCGCUCCCGGCCACAAGUCAAGAUGACAGCGACACCACUCUUUGUCACUUCGUGGACGGUGGCAUCAUCGGCGGUCCACCAUCUCAAGAUCCAGAAACGAAGGCCUGGAAGAAGCCCAGCAUUGUGAUAUCUGGCUCUGUUGAUCUUCCAUCUAGCUUCCGCGGUUUGUCCGAGAUCCUUAAUAUGAAGCUGGUAUCUCCCACGAUCGGCUCCGCAUCGACGCUGAAGCUGUCGUUUGCUGCACUGACCAAGGGUCUCACCGCUCUCUCGAUCCUCUCCUUUUCCACGGCGCAAAAGGAAUCAGUUCUCCCGGAGCUGCUGGAACAUCUGCAGCAGUAUUCGCCAGCCACUGCAGCGUUGGCUACCAAGGGGAUCAUAGGUAUGCCACCCAAGGCGUAUCGAUGGGUGGAAGAGAUGCGCGCAAUCGGGGAAGCAUUUGAUACAGAAGGCGACUGGCACGGACUGGGAGAUAGUGUAUACGGAGCAUUUGCAGAAGUUUAUCGAACCGUGGCAGAAGACACUAUCCUGGGAGAGGAGAAGAUAGGCAAGAGGAACAGAGGCAAGACUGCAGAAGACGUUUCGGAGAUCGUGGCAAAGCGGUCCAGGCGUGGUUGAGAGUCAUACGCGUCGAGGUCAUGUUCAGAUGCUCGAUGCAGAUGGAAGACAGAAAAACACAGCGUCAUUCUAGACUUGCGGGU